AUGAGAGUCGCGGAUGAGAUGACCACGAUGAAGGAGCCAACGCCGAGCCUGCGCUCGUAUCGAGGUUUAGUUCUCACGCACGAAGCUGGCUUCUUUGGAGCCAUCCCAAGACUUCUCACAUACAGCCCCGAGAAGACCUGGACGCUGCUUGCCCCGCUCUUGGUGCGAGAUCUGACGGUGUACAACUCAGUGCUGAACGUGAUCCCUCAUCUGGCCGCGCUCUUCUACGCCCUCCUUCUGAUGACCAUCUUGGCCUUUACGGCUUUCCCAGACGGAGAAAUGGGGCAGGGGAAGGCCUGUGAUGCCGGAAACGUCCAAAUAUGCCAGCUCGAGGAGACGAUGAAGAAUGCCAAGAGCGAAUUCCGCUUCUUGGUUGCCUUUGUGCUUGCCGGCUUUGUGGCGACCACGGUCGGGACCUGGAAUGCGCGGAGGACGACCUAUGCUUCCCUGUGCGGAAACGUCCGCAACCUCAUCGUUCAGCUGGCCACGUUCAUCCCAGUUGACAAGAGCAACGAGGCGCUGUGCAAAACGCGGCGCAGGAUCGGCCGGUGGGUGAUACUUGCCUUCGAGCUGGCCAUGCAGAAGGCCAGGGGCAGCAUGGACUCGGAAGCUACAUGCGAGUACUUGUGCAAGCAGGGCUUGGCGCUGCCGACAGAGUGGGACGCCAUGGUGAAAGGCGAUCGCCACACCACGGUCAUUGCCUGGAUUCAGCAGAAGUGCGUUAUGCUUGAGAAGGAGGGGUUGAUUCCAGCUCAAGCGUUGCCCAAGAUUUCCGAAGACAUCAGCACGUUGCGGGGCAAGGCCAACGACAUCAUGGGCUGCCUUGAGAUGGACAAGCCAUAUGCUUAUUCCUCCCUUGUGGGGAUGUUAGUCAACAUCAACCUCUUCAUCAUGUGCACAUGGAAAGGAGUCGAGUGGUCGAUAUGGUGUCGCAGCUUCGGGGGCGCCCUCUUUGAGCAGCCCAAGUGGUACCUCGACAUACUUGUUCUGGUGGUUUGGAACAUGUCCUAUCGCGCUUUGUAUGACCUCACCACCACGCUGCAUAGCCCGUUCGGUGCACGACCUCUUGACGUCUUUCAUGAGCUCAUUGCAAAGGCUCUCCGCAAGUUGGCCGAUGAGAUGAUGGAGGGAGCCAGCACUGCCCCAGAGGAGGACUAA